UAGGCAUGCGCGCACCGCUGGAAAAACAUCUACUACGAGACAGAGUACAUCCUGCCCCACGGCUUCUGCAACAUCAUUCCCCCCAACCUGCAGCCCAACGGGAGGAAGCUCUUCCCCUGCUAUGAAGAGUACAAGAAGAAGUACGGGGAGGAGCACGGCUCAUGCCAGGCAGGGAUUGCAGGCUUCUUCACUGAGGAGCUGGUCAUCAUGGGGGCACCAGGAUCUUAUUAUUGGACAGGAACUGUCAAAGUACUGAAUCUCACUGACAACAUGUAUUACAAGCUGAAUGAUGAUGCGGUGAUAGCCAGGCGGUACACGUACCUUGGAUAUGCGGUGACAGCAGGUCAUUUCUCUCAGCCGACUACCACGGACAUUGUAGGAGGAGCUCCCCAGGAUGGAGGCAUCGGAAAGGUUUAUAUUUUCAGAACAGACAGACGAUCAGGCUCUCUAAUAAAGAUUUUUCAGGCUUCAGGAAAAAAGAUGGGCUCUUACUUUGGCUCCUCCUUAUGUGCAGUUGAUCUCAACUCUGAUGGGUUGUCAGACCUGCUGGUCGGAGCACCUAUGUUUUCUGAGAUCAGAGAUGAGGGUCAAGUCACAGUCUAUAUCAACAGAGGAAACGGAGUGCUGGAAGAGCAGCUCGUCCUGGAAGGUGAUGGCGCCUACAAUGCACACUUUGGGGAGAGCAUGGCCGUCCUCGGCGACAUCGAUGACGACGGCUUCCCAGAUGUUGCCAUUGGAGCGCCUAAGGAGGAUAACUACAUAGGAGCAGUGUACAUUUACCAUGGGGCCGCCAAUGGUAUUGUACCUCAGUACUCUAUGAAGCUGUCUGGGCAAACAAUAAGCCCAAUGCUGCGGAUGUUCGGUCAGUCUAUAUCAGGGGGAGUCGAUAUGGAUGGCAAUGGUUAUCCAGAUAUGACUGUUGGAGCCUUCUUGUCAGACAGUGUGGUACUUCUGAGAUCCAGGCCUGUCAUUACCAUGGACGUCUCCAUUUUCCUGCCUGCGUCCAUCAAUAUCACAGCUCCUCAGUGCCAUGAUGGCUUGCAGCCGGUGAACUGCCUCAAUGUCACAGCCUGCUUUCGCUUCAGUGGCAAGCGUGUUCCUGGAGAAAUAGGUUUGAAUUAUAACUUGACUGCUGAUGUGGCAAAGAAGGAAAAGAGCCAGCAACCCAGAGUUUACUUUGUGAUUUCUGGAGAGUCAGCGGGGCAGAUCAUAGAGAAGUUACAACUGUCGUACAUGCAGGAAAAGUGUGAGCACUACCUAGCAUAUGUCAAG